UAUGUUCCUCAAAGUGGUCCCCUUGGGCCUGGAAUGAUAUUUAAGCAAAAGACUGGCGCAGAUAACGUCAUACAGGUGGGACUCAAAGACCUGGAUUAUGAAGAUGCAGAUGUUGCUGCUGUGGGGCAUACAUAUCAAAUGACAAUAGCAGCGUCUGAUUCAACACACACUGCAACUGCUACGGUGUUUGUAGAAAUUACACCUGUGAAUGACUUUAGUCCCAUAUUUGAGAAGGAUCCUUAUAUCUUUGAUGUCCUUGAGUCAACGGCAUCAAAACAGAAGAUUGGGAGAGUUAUCGCCACAGAUGAUGAUUAUCCAUUGAACGCAGUAACUUACAAAAUAAUUUCUGGAGACACACAAAUUAUAAAACUAUUCUGGAUUGAUCCAAAAGAAGGAACCAUAGAGCUGAUAACCCAAUCAGACUAUGAGUCUGUUCGACAAUAUAACCUCACUGUGGAAGCCAUUGACAGUGAUCCUAAUCAGCCCAAAACUGCAGUGACCCGGGUCAUCAUCAAUAUAUUAGAGGAAAAUGAUGAAAAACCAGUUUGUAUUCCAUUGUCAUAUAAAGCAAGCAUUCCUGAUAACAUUGCUGUUGGGACUAAUGUUAAUAGUUUCAGAUUGAACUGUCGAGACAAAGAUUCGCUGGACAAUGAGAUGCGGUUUGAGAUUGUAUCAGGAAAUGUGAACAAUCAUUUUGGUUUUGACCCUGUCCGUGGUUCAUUUGCUCCGAAACUAAUAAUCAAAACUCCAUUUGUUUCAUCUCAUUGUCAACAUCAUUGA